UAGUUGCUUGAAUAAAAAAGUAAAAAGCACCUUUCACUUCCAUAUUAUUAUAUUAUUAUAUUAUUAUAUAUAUAAAUAACUCCUAUAACCAGCUACCUAAACAUCAACUCCCUCCCUACUCCUUUGCCAGCUUCAUUUUUGUGAUUCUUCUAACAAGAGUUCAAUUCAACUCCCCACUAAUUAUCUUUGCUUGUGCUGAUUCUCCAAAGAUGACUAAUGGUCAAGAGCUUCACACCACAUUAGAGUGGAGAGUACAUGCGCCUGAUGGAACGGUGGAAAUAUUAGUGCAAGAAGAAUUAGGGCCAAGAUGGAGAUUGUUUAGAUGGAUGCACGGUUUAGUUGCGGAAUUUAUAAUCAAGCUAUCAACAUUUAUGUUGAAGGCUUGGAACAUAGGAGUUAAUGAUCCUAAAAAAUUUAUCCACUGCCUCAAAGUAGGAACAGCUCUUUCUCUAGUUUCACUCUUUUAUUACAUGAGGACUUUAUACGAAGGUGUCGGAGGAAAUGCUAUGUGGGCAGUUAUGACUGUUGUGGUAGUUUUCGAAUACAGUAUUGGUGCAACACUUUAUAAAUGUGUUAACAGAGCAGCCGGAACUCUUGUAGCAGGGGUUCUUGGCUUUGGUGUUCACUGGAUGGCAAUACAAUGUGGUGAAGAAAUCGAACCUAUAGUUCUUGAAAUAUCGGUUUUCCUUCUAGCUGCAGCAGCCACCUUUUCUCGAUUCAUUCCUACAGUUAAAGCACGGUUCGAUUAUGGUGCUAUGGUCUUCAUUCUCACUUUCUGCCUUGUCUCAAUCUCUGGCUACCGUGUUGAUCAGUUAUUUGAAAUGGCUCACCACAGGCUACUAACAGUUACCCUUGGAGCCUCUAUAUGUAUCAUCACAAGCAUGCUUGUAUGCCCGAUUUGGGCUGGCCAAGAACUUCAUGCUCUUAUCACCCGUAACCUGGAAAAGUUAUCUGAAUCACUGGAUGCAUGUUUCAUAGACUUCUUUGCAGAUAGAGGGGUUAAAAAUGUCAGCCAUGGAUAUUUCAGCAAAAUGAACCAGGCAUACAAAUGUGUACUAAAUUCAAAAACAUCAGAAGAAUCAAUGGCCAAUUUCGCUAGAUGGGAACCUGCACAUGGUGACUUCAAAUUUCGACAUCCUUGGAAACAGUACCUAAAGGUUGGGGCUGCAAUACGCAGUUGUGCUUAUUGCAUUGAGACCCUAAAUGGUUGCAUCAACUCGGAUAUUAGGGCACCAGAAACUCUAAAGAAGCAUUUGAAAGACAUGUGUGUUAGUUUAAGUUCUUACUCGUCCAAUGUCAUAAAAGAGUUGGCUGCUAUGAUGAAAACUAUGACCAAAUCAUCAAGCAUACAUAUAUCAAUCGGACAGAUGAACAUUGCUGUAUAUGAACUUCAAGAUGCACUGAAGAAUGUUCCAAGUCAAGUAGUUGUACAGAUACUUCAAGCUUCCAACAACAGCAUAAAUAAAGAAACGACCAAUACAAGACCUCUCCUGGAGAUUCUUCCUUUGGCAACAAUAGCAUCAUUACUGAUAGAACUGGCAUCAAGAGUUGAAGUGAUUGUCAAAGAAGUAAACCAGCUAGCAGAUCAAGCGGACUUCGCUUUAAACAGCAACAGUGGAUCUAAAGAAACCCAUUCGAUUACAUAGCAAUGUAAAGUAACUAUCGACUAAGUCGAUAGGUACUCAUGUGAAUUUUUUUCCUAAUAACAACAUGCAUUUAACUA